UGUCCACUUGGAGAUUGAGACUUUUCACCUCCUUGACACAACUCUAGCCAUUUCAAAAGCAGCGUAAAGAGCUGUUCUUGCAGUUCCUGGCUUCUUUUCUUCCUGUGCAAGGGACUUCUGGUUCAGGAUGGACAAACACUUCUUGAUAGCCUCCUUCCUUUUCUGCUUCAUUGCAGCAGUGACACCACUGAAGUGUAUAACAUGCCACCUUCGCACACGGACAGAUCGCUGUAGAAGAGGCUUUGAUUCCUGUACUGCUCAGAAGUUUGAGUCAUGCAUGUCUUUAAAGAUCUUCCAGGAUAACAUUCUGCAGUUAUCAUAUAUGGUGUGUCAAAAAUUCUGCAGAGACUUGACAUUUGAUCUCAACAAUCGGACUUAUGUUCAUAAAUGUUGCAAAUACAAUUAUUGUAACUCGAAAAUCUAAGAUAUUUGCCCUCCCAAGGUCUCACUCCGAAGUACUGGUGUUUCUCAUUCUUCCUGCCCUGCCUGCCCUUGCUUUUUUGCCUUGUCUGUCUUGGAAGUACUUCAGCUCUCUCUUUCAUUCUGUGUCACCCUGCCUGGCAACUCCAGCUUGGUUUCUAUCUCAGUCAGAGGAUAAUGAUUCUAAACAACAGUUUUCUUCCAUGACAGGUAUUGGCAUUUCUAUACUCCAAGAACCCUGUCCCAAGAGGCUCAGCACAGCAGAAUUUAAAACAGGAAUAUUCCCAAACUUCACGAUCAGCUAGACAGUUGAGGUGAACUAGAAGCACUUCAGCUGAAAAUUCACAAAUAUUUGUAUCUUAAAGUCCCACUCUUAUCAUUGCUAUGAUUAAGCAGAAAAAGCAGUAAAAUGGAUGGUGGACACUCAAGAGUUUCCUCUACAGACACAACAUUAUUUUCCAAGUGGACAGUGUUCACUUCAAACUCAGUCAUGAUUUUCGUGGCAUUUGCAAAGCACACCCGUAUACAAUGUUAGUAUGAACCAGAAAAUAAGGAAAUUCCUGCCUCUGUGAUAUUCAUAGCUCACCCACAGCCACUUGUAGGUGCGUCAAUAUGUACAUUCCAGGUUCAUCCCAACUGUCCUUCCCUCUCUUUCCUCUCUUAAUCUUUCUCUGCUCCUUUCCUUUAUGUUACAAUAUGUAAAAAGAAACAAUCCAAACUGGAUUAUAAAUUGAAUAUGAAAAGUACCCAAUAAAAUGAGAAGAAAGCCUA